AUGUCGGAACUUAAGCAAUUAUUGAAGGAGGCAAAAAAUGAAUUGGCGAGAGGUGAUUAUGAAGAGGCAAUUGAAAUUUCUCAAGAAGUGUUAAAACUUGAUAAACGUAAUUAUUUUGCUCUAGUCUUUCUAGGUAAAGCUUACUCAAGUAAUUCCGAACAAUUUGACUUAAAAAAAGCAUGUGAGUUUUAUAUUAGAGCUGUUAAGAUCGACAAAGAUCUGACUUUGGCUUGGAAGGGUCUUUUCUUACUAUUCAACAAACACAUAUCAGAUAUAUUGCCUACUCUACUGCCAUACAAAGAAUAUUUUGUAUUAUGUUAUGAUUAUAUGCUGAUAUUACAAUCUCAAGAGCUUUCACAAGUGGAGCUUCUUGAUUCUUUAAAAUCGUUAAGAACUCUAUUCAAGGAAAAAACUGCAUUCCUCAGGGAAUUUUAUUCAUACUUCAGACCAGGUACCCCUGAAUACGAAACAUUAGGGAAAAAUCUGAUAACGCCCAUUGAAGCAUUGACUGGAUUGAUUAAAAUUGUCAAGAAAGAAGAAGGUGAAAAGAUCUCAAAAAUUGUUAGUCAACAAAGAAUGAAAAUGAGUGCCAACGACCCAAAUUAUCAAUUCAAAAUCAAUGCAUUAGCUUGGGAAAUAUAUGAAAACUCUAAUUUAGAUGAUGAUUAUAAUCAAUUGGUUAAUGUUGUAGAUGAUGAUACAGAAAGAAGAUCUAUUGAAAACGAGUGGUUAGAGUAUAGAAUUAAAGUUUUGAAAUCAAUGCCUACUGAUGUUAAAUCAGACUAUUUCGAAAGAGUUAGAAAUAUGGUUUCCGAUAUGGUACUUGUAAACCAUGAUUCAUUAGUUGCAUGGAAAUACUAUUUUGACUGGCAAGAUUUCGAUGGUUUAGAUAGCAUUGACCCUAAAAUUGUCCUACAAUUUUUCGCCAAAUAUCCCAGCGAACCACUAGCGAUUAUCUUAUAUGCAUGGAUUAAUUCCAGUUUUUCUAUUUAUGAUGUUAAAUCUCUUGAAAAAGAUGUAAACCAAUCCAAAACCAAUCCAGAUCAUCAUAAAAGUGAACGUGACGCAUUAGAAAAUGAUGACAACGCAAGUGAAGAAGAAAAUGAACUAAACUCGUUAUUAGAAGUCGAAGAAGAUUCCACAGGAAUAAUGAAGGAAGAGGACAUCUUAAUCAGUUUAGUCGAUAAUAUAAGUAAAGUCAAAAAUAGUAUUAUGGCAUAUCGUGUGAUUUCUUAUUACUAUUUGUUGAACAAAGAAUAUUUAGCAUCGUUACCUUACACCAAAUCAGGUAUCAAUUUAAUAUCGUAUAACCAGAGGGAUUUAGGUGCUAUUCUCAGGAAUAGUAAGCAUGAAUUGACGAUCGAUAUUGCAACCUGUUAUACUUACGUAGAUGCACCAAAAAAUCAUCAAUCUGCAUUAUCAUUAUUCGACAAAAUUUUAUCAGAAGAUCCACAUAAUGUCAGGUCAAUGAUUGGGAAAAGUAUUAUCAGUAUCGAAAAGCAGGAUUGGAAGAACGCUUAUGGUCUAUUGUCCGAGGUAGUAGAACAUGUCCCAUCGAACCUUGAAGUUCAAUCUCAAUUAGCCUGGUGUAAAGCCCAUUUGGAUGAGCUGGACGAAUCAAUAGAGAUAUUUACCACUGUAAUUAACAAAAUUGAGGGUGGAGAUAACCGUACGAUGGAAUUUAAAUCUGAAACUCUAUGGAGACAAGCAAAGGUUUAUCUCUUAAGACAAGAAGUGUUAGGAUACAAUGAAGAAUUGCAAAAUGUUCAGACAGCAUUUAAGCUUUUAAUCCAGAUCAUCAAAAAUUGCUCUGAUACAUUUUCUAAGAGUUAUUCAACAUUAGGGGAUAUUUAUACAAUGUACUUUAAGGACGCUAACAGGGCAUUUAAGUGUUAUUAUAAAGCAUUCGAAUUAGAUUCUGGAGAUGUAGUAGCAGCUAAAUUCGUCACAGAAGUAUACUGUGAUAGCGCUGAUUGGGUAUCUGCCUCUGAAAUCUGCGAGCGUUUAGUUAAAGAAGAAAAUGCUACAACCGUCUUAAGAAAAGUGAGUUGGCCAUAUAGAGUUAUGGGUGUCUCCUUUAUCGAAAAGCAGAUGGCAGCCGAGUCUAUCGAAUGGUUCCAGUCGGCUAUUCGGGUUGAACCACGCGAUACUGAAUCAUGGGUUGGUUUAGGUCAAGCUUACUUAGAAUGUGGUCGUAUCGAUGCAUCUAUCAAAGUUUUUGAAAAGGUACUAGUAUUAAAUGACAAGCACAUAUUCGGGAGAUAUUUCUAUUCUAAAGCGUUAUCAGAGAUAGGGGAAUUUGAAAACUCCAUUCCAAUUUUAAAGAACUUAUGUAUUGAAACACCGGAAGAAGAGGCCGUAAGAAUGCUACUAGCAGAACAAUUAGUUGGUUAUGCGUAUGAUUUAUACAAUGAAGGCUACUUAAUGAAAUCUAGCUCCGUUACUGUUGACGCAAUUGAAUCCAUUAAGAUUGCGAUUUGCGAAUUGGGGUGUUUUAAUCAAAAUGUUUGGGUUAUCUUAUCAAAAGCGAUUUAUUUGUUCAGUUCAGUAGAAUCAAAGAUAGAUGACUUACCGAUUGAAAACCUUGUAGAAAUAUUUCAAAAGACUGAUUUACAAAAUAAUGAAGACAUCAAUUCUGUAGAUAAUGUAAGCCUCGAGGAAUUAUUAUCUGAAGACAUAUCAGAUAAUGUAUCGAUUACCACAAAGUUUUUAAUUCUGUCUGCUAAAUACGCAGUUUCUUCAACAUUAUUUGAACAACAGACUGCUACGGUAAAAUCAGCUUGCUGGCAUAAUAUUGGUAUUACUGAGCUUAUUGCGUUUGUUACUUUAAAGGAAAAUAAAUAUAGAGAUGCUGCUAUCAUGGCUCUCAAGAAGGCCAUUCAUUAUCAAUCAAAUAACAUAGAGACGUGGAUUGCGUUGGGGUUGGCAACUAUGGACGUCAAUUAUAGGGUUUCACAGCACUGCUUUAUUAAAGCGGUCGCACUCUCUCCAAAGGAUAUUAACAUUUGGUUUAAUUUGGCUAUUCUUGGUUUGAAAAAUAAUGACAUUACAUUUGCAUCAGAAGUUAUAGCCCGGACUCAAAGUCUGGAACCUCAAAAUCCAUUCCCAUGGCUAGGUCUUGCAUUAAUAAAAGAGACAGAAGGAGCCAGUGCAGAAAGUCAUAACCUAUUUGCCCACUCAUUCGUGUUGUCUAAUGGUCGUUCAAAGAUCUCACAAUUGUUGUAUGCCAAGAGCGUCCUUGAUAUGAGAAUUGGUAAAGGUGACGAUGAAAGAGAUAUCGAUGCACUUGAAGAAUAUACUGCGAUGAUUUUUGGUUUAGAACAGUAUUUUAAAAAGAACCCCAACAAUCCUUACGCUAUUCAAUGUGCACUAGUUGCUCUGGAAAGACUGCAUAACUUUAAAAAGGCUCAACACCUCUGUACUAAACUUAUGGAGAUACUCGAGAAGCAUUUUGAAGUAUCACAGGAUGACUCUGAGCUUUUUAAUUUUGCUGUAUUAAAAUCACAAAUUGCCCGUAUCCAACUUGGUGCUGGAGAAUAUGAACAGGCAAUCGAGAACGCGACAUUGGCAGAAAAUAUUUUAUACGAAAGUAUGGAAAAUGUUUCAGCUGAUGUUGAUGGGUUCAAAUCCCUUCUAUCAAACCACGUGUGCCUCGGAUUGGCGUACUUCUUCUUAGACAAUUUCAACGAAACUCUUAACCAGUUUCAAAAAUUACUAGAGUUAUCUAAAGAAAGUAGAUCCCUGGUUGCUUUACUUUCAAAAGUAUUAUAUGAUGUUGGGACUGACGAUUCAAAGUCCAUUGCAUUGCAAGAAUUAGUAGAGUACACCAACUCUCAUAAUUUCGACAUCACGACUACUCUUCUAAUUAGCGCCAUGACAUUUAUUGAAAAUAAAGAAGUUGAUGUUAAAACGGCACUAAGUCACUUGUUGGGCUUGUCUUUACAUGAAUUGAUUCAGGAUAGACACAAGGAUAUUCCAUACUUGAUACGGGAAUUUAUGGUAAAAUUACAUAAUGAUAAGAAAAGUGAGCAAAAUAAUAAACAGCAGGUUGAUUAUUAUUCCCAGAGAACUGCUUUCUUGUUUCCACAAAAUAAUGAAUCGUGGUCUACCCUCGAUAAGAAAAUACAACAACGUGUUGCAACAGAAGGCCAAAGUAAAAUUACAGCAGAACAAUUAAGUGAUCUUUAUUACCGGAAUGGUAAUUUAAGAAAUAUUCAAAAAAGUAUUUACUUAUGUCCUUGGAAUAGCGAAGCUAUCAUGUCUAUCAAAGAAUGCUUUUAA